GACGGUUGAAACUUGGAUCAAAAAGACUUCCACAUAUUCUUGCUUUUAAUAUUGAAUGGACCUAUCUGACUAAUAACCCUCAAACUUCAAAUGCUUUGUCUAAAACUUCUUUUGCUAAACCUUCUCACGCAAAGUCUACUCCACAAGUUAUCAAUAAAACUAAUUCACAAAAUAUGAAUGAAACUCUCACUCCUACUACAUCUUUUGUAAACAAAACAAACACUUCUUCUGUUAACAAUAAUAUACCCGCUGAACCUACAUAUUUCAAUACUCCUAUUCUUCAAGGCGAACAAUCUGAUACUAAUAGAAA